AUGACCUAUGACCGACCCACAGCAAACGAGAGGAACACCAUGGCACUAGAGUUGGCAAAGCGGAAGGCCGAAGAAGGGCCAGAUGACCUCGCGCCUGUCAGGCCCAGCCACGGACCAGCCACCGCAAAACUGGAGAUCAGUGUUGGGACUUUGUGGGAGUCGUGGUUGAGGACAGCCUGUACAGAAGACUAGAAUUUUCCUGAGAUGUGUUCUGGCAUUCCUGUCAGA